AGAACAUUGUGAGUUGACCGCUAGAUUUCUCAUGAAAUUGAAGUGAUCAAAGCAGUAAAACUCUCGUCCCAGCUUUUACUUUCGUCAUGGAAAAGGGAAAUUCAAAAGAGGGAAGGAAAGAGAAAAAGAAAGCUAAAAAAUACGAAGGGCAUCGUGAUCAGAAAAGUGUUGCGAUGGCUCGCAAAUUUAGUCAGAGUGAAACUUUACCGAAAGGGCAGAAACGUGCACGAGAUUCUGACGGAGAGAACUGCCAAAGAGAUAUUUCAAGUAAAGAGGGAAAGAAAAUAAAGAAGGAGACAGUUGUUGAGAGGACAGAAGAGUGCAAUAGCACAACUGAUAAUUGCCAAUCUAAAGGCGAACAAAAAGAGAGAUUAUCUAAAGGUAAGCUAAAACCUCGUGAAAGAACACAAGAACCCACAAGCUCAGAAAAAUGUAAACUGAGAAAUUUUGGCGAAGAGCAGCUCGUUAGUUUCGGAAAAGAAGACAAGUUUAGGGAAAACAGAGAUCAAGAAAGUCUCGACAAAGAGAAACGAAAGAAAAAUUCACGUGGUAAUGACAAUUAUUCGGCUCAAAAUGAAGAGGAACGCGAGAAUAGGGAAAAUUCCAAAGGAAAACAUGAUAAAAAAUUGAAAAAAUCGACUAUCGUCGUUGGGAAGAAAAGGACAAAAAAGAAGCCUGAUGAUAAUGCCUUUUUUGAAGAACAAUAUUCAGGUAACCCGGAAAACAUUCAUGAUAUAAACAUUGAUGAUUGUGAGAUAGAAAGCAAAAAGAAAAAGAAAAAGAGGAAAACAGGAAAUGAGUUACAUUACAUAUUUGAUGCACAAAGUAAUGAAGGACUUCAUGAGGAAAUGUUAGAGACUUGUGAGGAUGCAGUCAAGGCAGAGAUGAAUAAUGAAGGGAAAAAGAAGAAAAAGAAAUCUAAACAAGAACUGCAAAAGGAAUCAAAAUCUGCCCUUCAUCCAGCUAUUGACUACUUGCACACAUGGUUUAACAAUAGGCAACACUGGAACUUUAAGAAAGUUCGUCAAGUGUGGCUUCUGAAGAAUAUGUUUGAUCAAGAGCAGAUCUCUGAUGAAAACUUUGGCAUUCUGCUUAAAUAUCUCGAGGGACUGGAAGGAGCAGCAAAAGAGAAGACUAUAAAGAUAGCAGAGCGAAGGCUCGACUCUGGAGAAGGGGGAAGUGAACAGGAUACUGUGGUUGAAUCCAGAGUUCAACAAGUGCUUCAGAUGCUGACAGAGUAAAGAAGGGCUUGGGAAGAAGAGGAUAUUUAUUACUUGUGAUGAUUUUUUUUUAACAUUCUUGUGUAAAAUGAUUAAAAAAAAUGAAA